GGUUAGCAAGGGAAGAAACUCCGACGCCCAUCGACUAUUCGCGUAUAAAAAUGGAUCGUAACUCCCAGUUCAAUCGUCAGUUACCGACAAGUUCUCAAUUCAGUCUCAAGUCGAAAAUGAACCCUUUGAUUUUGGUCACUUUUUUGGUUGCCGCCGCAUCGGCCGCACCGGCUAACUUGGUCAACCCGGCCGUCCCGUGUGCCCAUGGAGUCGCUGCCGUGGCCUAUGCCGCCGCUGCCCCAGUCCCUUACCCAGCUGCCCUGACCUACGCCGUCCCUGAGCCCGUCCAGGUUGCCGUUCAACCCCAAAUCACUUACGACUUCCCCGUUCCAGUAUCUGCUCCUGCUCCAGCUCCUGCCCCAGUAGCUGUUGCCGUACCUGCACCAGUUAAGGUUGAAUACGACUUCCCUGCACCAAUUGCCGCCCCAGCACCAGCCCCAGUUGUUGUUGCUGCUGCUCCAGUAGCUGUUGCCGCUCCAGUCAAAAUUGAAUAUGACUUUCCCGCUCCCAUUUCGGCCCCAGCACCAGCUCCAGUCGUCCCGGUUGCUGCUCCCGUUGCCCUGCCGGCACCAGUCAAGAUCGAGUACGACUUCCCUGCACCCAUCUCUGCUCCAGCUCCGGCACCAGUUGUUGUUGCUGCCCCAGCACCAAUCACCUAUGCCGCACCUGCACCAGUUAAGGUUGAAUACGACUUCCCCGCUCCUAUCUCCGCCCCGGCCCCAGCCCCAGUUGUCGCUGUUGCUGCUCCCGUUGCUUAUGCCGCACCAGCCCCAGUCGUCCAGGUUGCCGCUCCCGUCAAAGUUGAAUACGACUUCCCAGCACCCAUCUCUGCUCCUGCUCCCGCUCCCGUACCAGUAGCUGUUGCCGCUCCGGCUCCAGUUGCCUACGUUGCCCCGGCUCCAGUUGCCUAUGCCGCACCUGCCCCAGUCCAUGUUGUCCCCCAGGCCUUCGAGACCAGGGUCCACUACGCCGAGACUCCCGUCGUCGUCGGACACACUUCCACCAUCAUGAAGCCCAACUUGGGAGCCGGUGCUCACGUCACCAACUUUGACUUCAUGGGAUUGGCCCAGACCAAAACCGUCGGACAGGAAUCCUUCGUCCAAAAGUCCAAAGUUUUGGCUCCCGCCCGCAGCGUCUCCGAAAUCACGCCCCAGGUGACCGUCCAACACCCGACCAAAGUCAACGUUGAAAAGUUCGCCGUUGAGGUGCCCGUCGCCGCUCCUUACGCCCAGCCCGUCCCAGUUCCAGUUGCUCCCCAAUACGAAAUCCACCAGUAUCACGCAGCAGCUGCCGUUCCAGCUGUCCAUUUCCACAAUAGCAUCCCAUGCGCUGACAAGAAACACUAUUAAAUCAAAUCGACUAGCUCUUAUUCUACAUAAUCUUCAAAUUCAAACUCAAGAUUGAUCUUUGAUUCGAUGUUUUCGAUUGUGUUAUGUUAAUACCGGAAUACAUAAAACCUUUUUUGAUUGUAA